GCUAUGGCUGACUACCCGCGUCUCAGCCCACACCGACGGCGGGAACCCGGAUGGAGGCUACGAAAAAAAAUAGGGCUCAAAAUCCUCGUCGGGCUCGUCGACGCAGACUUGUGAGGUCCCACUUGCCGCGCUAUCCUGAAGCUUGACCUCUUAUAUCAAGGCGGGAUCCCGUGCUCCCGCCGUCCUCGACGCCGAUGACGAGCAAUCUCGAUCGCAAACCCGAGGAUAGACACGACUGUGCUAGGACCAGGACUCAACCGGGACUCCUCCUCCCGCCACCGCCAUAGACCGAUCCACCCAUGGACUGGAAACCAAAGUACGUCGCGGCACCCGCGGACAGAGCCGUGCCCAAUAUCGCGGACGCUGGCUCGCCGUGGCCCGACAAAUUGGCCAAUGAGGGCUGGCGACAGCAUGAAUCAGAGAACACGACUCGCAAGUUGGGGGAAAGUGGUGAUCGCGAUGUCUGCCGCGAGAAGGCCGGCCUUCGCGCCGCCGCCGGGCCGCUCUGCCACCACGUUCGCGGGGCCCCUUUCACUACUCUGGUUGACUCCCGUAGCUCGUGGUACGGUUGGAUAUCUUGGGGUAUGUCGGUGCUUCUCUGCUCAGCUUUGCUCACGGCUCUCGUGGGAUCCAACCUGUUCCGAAAGAACGUGAUAAUAUUCGAUGCGACUCGCCAAAUGGACGGUGUCCGGUUGGUGACAGCUCAUCCGUCGCUGGAGUUCGAAUCGGCAUCUCCUUUGCCCCUGCGGCGGAGGGGCACUUGCCAGUCCGGAGGUGCCUCGAUCGAGGAAUUCAACCAACCACUGCGCAUCGGCGCCGUCUUCAUCAUCCUGGUGGUAUCGUCGAUGGCCUGCGCGUUCCCGAUCGCAGCCGCGCGCUUCCCGGGCAUCCGGAUGCCCGCGUCUUUCUUCUUCGCCGUGCGGCACUUCGGCACGGGCGUCCUGAUCGCGACCGCCUUCGUCCACCUGCUGCCGACCGCCUUCACCCUCCUCGGCGACCCCUGCCUAUCCCGGUUUUGGACCGACGACUACCCUGCCAUGCCUGGCGCCAUUGCGCUCGCCGGCAUCUUCAUCGUCACCGUUAUCGAGAUGCUUCUGCACCCGGCCCGCGGCACCCCAUACGAGAAGGCGGUGGCGUCGCCGCCGCCGCAGCCCGGGGCGGAGUCGGGGCAGAUCGCCUCCAAGCGGCCGCUCCAGGGCCGGCAGGGGAGUAUCAGCCGCACUAUAUCCGGUAUCGAAAGCAGUAACCGGGCACAGGCACAAGAAGAUAAGAUUGAGGCAGUAGGCGCGUUUAACGGAGCCUCUGACGAAGAGACGGGCUCGCAGCAUGCUGGGGUCGUCGUGCUCACACUGGAGCAGAAGCACCAGAAGGAAAUCAUACACUGCCUGCUCCUGGAGAUGGGUAUCCUGUUCCACAGCGUCUUCAUUGGCAUGGCGCUGAGCCUGUCCAUCGACCACAACGAGUUCAUCGUCCUGCUCAUUGCCAUCUCGUUCCAUCAAACGUUCGAGGGCCUCGCCCUCGGUGCGAGAAUCGCGGCAAUCACCUGGCCGCCGAAGAGCCUGCAGCCCGCCAUCAUGGCGAUCGCGUACGGAUGCACGACCCCGUUGGGCCAGGCGAUCGGGCUCGCGGCACGGUCGGCGUAUAGCCCGGACUCGGAGGUCGGGCUAGUGCUGGUCGGCGUCAUGAACGCCCUCUCGGCUGGCCUCCUUGUCUUCGCCUCUCUCGUCGAGCUUCUAUCUGAAGACCUACUCUCUGACGAGAGCUGGCGCGUGCUGCGCGGACAUCAUCGUGUGUACGCUUUCCUGCUCGUCCUCGCCGGCGCCUUCGGCAUGAGCCUCGUUGGCGCGUGGGCAUAGGUAAGCGUGUGGAUGCGUCGUUGCGUGCAUGCGUAUGGUCAUAACCCGCAGCGACAGCGAAGGAGGAGGGUGAUGAAAAAGAGAAUGCCUA